AUGGCGGCCAGCCAGGUCUCUUGCCUGGGCAACACGCUAGGCACACAGGCCGAGGCCUUGCCCUGGCACUGCUUCCUAGCACUGACGCUGAGCGGCCGGUCCCUGCAGGACUUUGCUCGGGGCGAUUUUGCCUCCUCGCCUCCACCCCCCCCCCACCUCGGCCCCGUCCUCUUGUCCACCGAGAGAGAGAGAGAGAGAGAGAAAGAGAGAGUCGGUGGUUUCCAUGGAGCCGAAGCGGACAGUGCCGGCAAUUUAAAGGCGCUGGAUCCCCGCGCGGCAGGCUCGCUGGUGCCGAGGUGCGUGGCGGCGGCGGCGGCUGCGGGGCCCGGGGUCCGGCGCUCGCCUCCACGCCCCGCCGCCCCGGCCCGCAGCCAGGGGGCCCGCCGCGCCCGGCCCAGAGGGACGCCGCCUCGCCCGCCCGCGCCGCCCGGCCGCCCACGAGGAGGGGCGCGUGCCCGGGCCCGCCUGCCUCGGGGGGGCCGCCCUCCGCGCCCGCCCGCCGAUGCCUCGGCCGGGCCCCGCUUCCCGCUGAAGGCCGCCGCCCCCCGCCCCCCGAGGAUGGCGCCUGCUUCCCCGGCGGCCGCCGCGCUGCCCGCCCGGGGGCCGCCGCUGCUGCUGCUGCUGCUGCUGGGCCUCCGGGCGCCGCCGGGCGCUUGCCAGCACUACCUGCACAUCCGCCCGGCGCCCAGCGACAACCUGCCCCUGGUGGAUCUAAUCGAGCACCCGGACCCGCUCUUCGACCCCAAGGAGAAGGACCUCAACGACACGCUGCUGCGGGGCCUGCUGGGCACCCACUUCGACCCCGCCUUCAUGGCGCUCAGCGCGCCCGACGAGCGGCCGGCCGGCGCCGCCGACGACCCGGCCGAGCUGGACCUGCUGCUGCGGCAGCGGCCCUCGGGGGCCAUGCCCGGGGACAUCAAGGGCCUGGACUUCUACGACGGCGGCGGCGGCGGCGGCGGCCCGGCGGCCAGCAAGAAGCACCGGCUGAGCAAGAAGCUGCGCCGCAAGCUGCAGCUGUGGCUGUGGUCGCAGACCUUCUGCCCCGUGCUCUACACGUGGAACGACCUGGGCAGCCGCUUCUGGCCCCGCCACGUCAAGGUGGGCAGCUGCUUCAGCAAGCGCUCGUGCUCCGUGCCGGAAGGGAUGCUUUGCAAGCCGGCCCGCUCCGUGCACCUGACCAUCCUGCGCUGGAGGUGCCAGCGGCGCGGGGGGCAGCGCUGCGCCUGGAUCCCUAUCCAGUACCCCAUCAUCGCCGAGUGCAAGUGCUCCUGCUAG